AUGAUUUUUCAAUAACUAAAAAUUACUUUACCUCCAAUUGGUGCUCAAGAAAUCGAGAAAUCAAUAUAGAAAAGAAUGGGAGACUGCUUAGAAACAUAAUUAGGGUUUGAAUACGAACCUUUUACGUUUCAAUAUUUAGAAUUACACCCCGAUUUGGUUACUAUUAAAAAUCAAAAAAUUGAACAUCAUCCCAUUGAGGAUUAAUAACAUGUACAUACUGCAUUGGGAUGCUUUAGUAAAGAAAAUAAAAUACGCUUAUUCUUAAGCGAAAACAUCCAUGUUUUGCAACGAUUAGUGAUUAUAAUGCAUUCUGUCUAUACGACUAUUAAAUUAGAGAUAGUGUAAACAAUUUAAGCACCAGAAAUAUAGCCUCAAUAAUUAUCGAAACAAUAUGCAAUGUUUUUUUUGGGAUUGAGAUAAUAAUUCAGUGCAUUUGCUAUGGAGCAAUUUUGGGUAAAGGAACUUAUUUAAGAAAUAUUUGGAGUUGUCUUAAUUUUCUAACUUUUGUCUUCAAAUACAUUCAUUUAAUUGUUAAGAGUUAUUCGUUUAUUAAGAUUGGUGAGACUUUUACAAGAAAUACAUUACUUAAGGGAACAAGUGGAAACCUUUUUUUCAUGCUUUUUAACAAUCCACACUAUAAUAAUUCCAUUAGUGAUAGUGAUUUUUGGAUUUUCCGUUAUCGGGCUGCAUUUGCUCAGAGGAGUUACGGGAUAUAGAUGUGCUAAGGACGGAAUCAUUGAUCUGAAUAUUAGAAAUCUGUGUGGAGAAUGGGAAUGUCCAGAUGGCUAUGAGUGCAUUAAUCAUUUCAAUUCUGAAGAUUUAAGUUAUUUAGACUUUUAUUACGGAUACUACAAUUUUGAUACUAUAUAUGAUUCCUUUUUAAGUGGAUUCAUGUUUUUUAAUGCAACAGGUUGGUCGCCAACGACAUUUUAUUUUUGGAAAGCUGUGACUCCUCCUGCUACUGCAAUUUAUUGUAUUUUUAUGCUUUUUAUCUUACAUUACACCUUAUCUGAUUUAUUGUUAGCAUCCCUCUAUGAAUCAUUUCUCGUUAGCAGUGCAAUCAAAAAUAGCAUCAAAUCCAAUAAAUCUGAACUAUUUACCCAGAGAAGAAGGACAGUUACGUUAGUUAAUAAUUAAAACAAAGCUUAGAUCAACUUCCAUAAAUUGCAUAUGAUUACUUAAAUUUCAUCUUAAAAUAGGGUAAACCUUGUGACUCCUGCUGAGAUUUUGCGGAAUGAGACGAUUAAGGUGAAAAAUGAAGCUUGGUUUAUUACAAGAAUCAAGUAGUUUGAUUAAGUUUUUAUCAUUACUUCAACAAUCAUACUGUGCAUGGACUAAGUUGAAAAGUAGUAUAACCCAAAAGAGUAUUAUGCAGACAUGGUAAUGAACUUUAUGCUAAUAAUUUUAACUCUUUUUAAGUUAAUAUUUUUUAAGAGAUCAAGGAGAAAAUUGUCAUUUAUAAUAGAUGUAAUCUUAUCACUUGCUUUGAUCGUUGUGAUUAUAUUGGAAUUUUUAAAUUAUUAAAGCAAUGUUUUUAUAAUAAUUAAAGCUUUUAAGGCUUUUAGACUAAUAAAAUUAAUUUAUAAAUUAGAGUACUUUGGAAUAAUAAGGGUGUUGCUUAGAUGUCUGAUUGAAACAAUAAUUAAAAUUAGACAUUUAAUCAUUUUAUGGGCCAUUUUUGCAUUCUUAAUUUCUAUAAUAGGAUAGGAAUUGUUUGCUCAUUAUGUGAAAGGGUCAACUGAAAUUGAAGUACAUUUUAAUGGAAUCGGGAAUUCACUUAUGGCUGUAUUUAAUAUUUUUUAUGGAGAAGAAUGGCAUGUAACAAUGUACUAACACGCAUUAUAUAAGCCUGCUUCAUCGUUUCUCUUUUUUUUGAUUGUAUUCUUUUUGUGUCAUACACUUUUUAUGAGACUAUUGAAAGCUUUAUUUUUAAAUGAAUUUGGAAAGAAGUUAAAUGAAUUAGAUUAAAAGUAUCCAUAAACAGACUAUUUAUAAAGAGCUUGGCAGUAUAUAAAAAGUUUAUGUUUUUAAUAAGAGUCACCCUAAUCCUAAUCAUAAUGUUAGAAUGAGGAUGACUCAAAAGCACCGCUUUAAGAGACCAGUCCUAAUGGGACUAGGAUUAAAUCUCAGGUUUCAUAGAUAAAUGUUUCAAAUUAUAGAAGAAUAGUAGAACAUAAAAUGUUUCGAAUUUGUCUCUUGCUUGUUGUAGCUUUGAGCGCAGUAAAGAGUGCUGUGUAAAAUCCGUUAACAGACCCUAGGAGCAAAGAGAAACUAAUUUUGGAUGUGAUUUAAUAUGUAACAACUGUGAUUUUCAUGAUCGAACUGAUACUCAAUUGUAUGGCCUAUGGGAUAAUCAAAUUCAUAAAUCAAUCAUUUCUAAACAUAAUAUCCAUUAUAAACAUCAUAGUGAAUCUAAUCUCAAUAGGAUUGGGCAAUCCUCCACUUUUUAUUCUGACUCUCUUUGACUCUCUGAGAGUUCUUGCCUUUUUAAAAACAGGAGCAGAUUAAUACCCUAUACUUAAAUAAGCACUUUAGGCGUUAUUUAAUGCUUUUACAAAAAUGAUCUAAUUAGCUAUUUUUAGUCUUCUAAUUUUAUUAAUUUACAGUAUUAUCGGUAUGCAAUUAUUAAAUCACGAAUUCUAUUAUUGCAGUCUGCCUGAAGAAAGUUCAAUAGAAGUACAUCUAAUAUCUAAAAUUGAUUGUUUUGAUAUAGGAGGAAAUUGGGUAGACAAGCCUCUUAAUUUUGAUAGUUUAUUUUAAUCAAUAAAUAUCCUAUUUUGUGUGGCUACAUCGGAAGAAUGGACAUAACUGAUGAUACCAGCAUGGUCAGCUGCAGGGAUUGACCACUAGCCACAUCAUGACACAAACAGAUAUUGGUCAAUUUAUUAUUAGCUGUUUUACUUUAUUGGUAAUAUUUUGGUUUUGGGAAUGUUUGUGACUUUAGUUGUCGAAACAUAUAUAAAAACAAGAGAAGAAUCAUAAAAUCUUAAUUUAUUAGAUGACAAACAAAGAGAGUGGUUUCAGAUCAAAGAAUAAAUAUUGCAUUUGAAACCCAAGAAGAAGUUUAAACCUCCCAACAAUUACAUUUUAAAUGCCAUUUAUCGAGUGUAUUAAUUAUUGUAGAUUCCAUUUUUAAUAGUAAUCUUAAGCAACAUCAUUAUGCUUAGUUUAUACUAUGCUAGAAUGGGAUAAGAAUACGAAUAGGCUUUGGACUAAGUCAAUUAAAUCUUUAUCUUUAUUCAACUAUUUGAAAUACUAAUAAGUACAGUGCAAGUAACAGAUUACACGUUUAAGAUUUACGAAAUUAUUGGAAUUAUUUUGAGUGUGGUUUCUAGCUUUUUAGACUACCACAUUCUCCAUGUAGUUUCAGUGGUAUUUCAAGUUACCAGAAUAUACAAAUUAACAUAGCAUUUCAAAACCAUUCAACAUUUAUUCCAUGCCAUUUUUGCUGUGCUACCAAACACAGCCUCAAUGCUUUUGAUUAUGUUGGUUGUCUUAUAUUGUUACACUAUUGUGUCUUGUGAUUUAUUUGCUUAUUUACGUCCUUAAAAAUCAGUAAAUGGAUUUGAUAUGCACUUUAGGGAUUUCUGGGGUGCUCUGAUGACUCUAAUUAAGGUGUCGUCUGGUGAGAAAUGGUGGAUUGUAUUGCAAGAAACAACCUUAGAAUAAUCACCUGACAUAGCAUGCAUUAAUAUUGAAUCAUAUGAUGAAUUUUUAGAGGUAGGUUUUAAUGGAUGUGGGUCAAACCUUUCUUAUCCAUUUUUUAUUUCAUUCAUCCUUGUAUUUUCUCUUAUGAUUUUAAAUCUCUUGGUCGCCAACAUCAUUGGAGCAUAUGAGCAAUAUCAUAAAAGUGAAUAGAGUGCUAUUUCUAAAUACUAAUUGUUGGAUGUGAUGGAGUUGUGGUCAUAAUUUGAUGAAAAUGGAGAGGGAUUCAUAAGUUAUAAACUCUUUUGGAGGUUGUCCUCUUAGAUAGCUAUAAUCUUUGGAUUAGAAUAGUCAGAUUUGUUGGAUGUCAAUAACAAGAAGAAAUUUCUAAAGGCUUUGAAGAUUCCGAUUUAUGAAUUAGUCGACUCGAAUGUUCUUUGUUACAGAUUCCAUGAUGUGAUUGUGAGUUUGACUAGGAUUUCAGUGACCAUUAAAUAUGGAGUAGUGAAUUUAGAACCUGAAGACAAGGAUAUAUAUAAUAAGGUCUAUGGGAAUAAGCAUUCACACGUGGAACAGAAGUUCAGAGAGACAGCAUUGAAUAGUGGCGAUAUGGUUUCCAUAAUCUUUAUUUAGCAGAAGUUUAGAGAAUGGAAGUAGAAAUCGCUUUUAAAAAAUACUAUAAUUUUGGGUGGAAUUGGAGACUAUCGAAGUUUAAUCAAAAUCAAAUCUAAAACACUUAGUGAAAAAAUACACGAGUAGAUAAAUAGUGAAGAUUGA